AUGGAUUUCAUGAAACCAGAAACAGUGCUGGACCUGGGCAACAUCAGAGACGCCCUGGUCCGGAUGGAGGACACGAUUAUCUUCAACUUCAUUGAGCGUUCGCAGUUCUAUGCGUCGCCCUCGGUGUACAAGGCCAAUCAGUUCCCUAUCCCCAACUUUGACGGCUCGUUCUUGGAUUGGCUGUUGUCGCAGCACGAGCGGAUCCAUUCGCAGGUGAGGAGAUACGACGCGCCAGACGAGGUGCCGUUUUUCCCGCACGUGCUGGAAAAGACGUUCCUGCCCAAGAUCAACUACCCUUCGGUGCUGGCCUCCUACGCGGACGAAAUCAACGUCAAUAGCGAGAUACUCAAGAUCUACACCUCAGAGAUAGUACCAGGAAUUGCUGCUGGCAGCGGAGAGCAGGAGGACAACCUGGGCUCGUGCGCCAUGGCCGACAUCGAGUGUCUGCAGUCGCUGUCGAGAAGGAUCCAUUUUGGCCGUUUUGUCGCAGAGGCUAAAUUUAUCAGUGAGGGGGACAAGAUCGUCGAGCUGAUCAAAAAGAGAGACGUCGAGGGCAUUGAGGCGCUCAUCACAAACGCGGAGGUCGAAAAACGGAUCUUGGACAGACUUCUUGAGAAGGGAAGGGCGUACGGAACAGACCCUACGCUCAAGUUCACGCAGCACAUUCAGAGCAAGGUGAAGCCAGAGGUGAUUGUGAAGAUCUACAAGGAUUUCGUGAUUCCGCUGACCAAGAAGGUGGAGGUCGACUACUUGCUGAGACGGCUGGAGGACGAGGAGGACGAGGAUGCGACCCAGAGAAGCGGCGGCUACGUUGACCGGUUUCUCUCCUCUGGCUUGUACUAG